CAUCCUGGGAAGCCUGGUGCGUUUUUCAAUUUUUUCCCAUUUUGUUGUAUAGAGUUACGAUAUUUACUAUUAAAACAAUCAAAAACUAGUUUCACAUUGUCAGUGCUUUCUUUUGGCGUAUAGUUCGAUCAUUUUCUGCAGAAAAUGGAUCGAGAACGCAACAACAGACGGCAUCGUUCCCGCUCCCGGUCCCGUGAGCGUCGUCGCAGUCGUAGUCGCGACCGAAAACGUUCGCGGUCAAGGUCACCGUACCGGAAGGGUCGCUCGCGCCGCAGGAAGCCUUCCCUGUACUGGGAUGUCCCGCCACCGGGCUUCGAGCACAUUACACCCCUACAGUAUAAGGCUAUGCAGGCGGCCGGGCAGAUUCCGGCCAAUAUCGUAGCGGACACGCCUCAAGCGGCUGUCCCGGUCGUAGGAUCUACCAUUACGCGUCAGGCUCGGCGAUUGUACGUGGGCAACAUUCCGUUCGGCGUCACCGAGGAGGAGAUGAUGGAGUUCUUCAACCAGCAGAUGCACCUGUCCGGUCUGGCACAGGCGGCCGGAAAUCCGGUGCUGGCGUGUCAGAUCAAUCUGGACAAGAACUUUGCUUUCCUGGAAUUCCGCUCGAUCGAUGAAACGACUCAGGCCAUGGCAUUCGAUGGAAUCAACUUCAAAGGGCAAAGUUUGAAGAUAAGGCGGCCACACGAUUACCAGCCCAUGCCUGGUAUGACGGAUUCGGCGACCAUUUCCGUACCGGAGAAAUUCUCCGGCGUCAUCAGUACAGUCGUUCCAGAUUCGCCGCACAAGAUCUUCAUCGGUGGUUUGCCGAACUAUCUAAAUGAGGACCAGGUCAAGGAACUGCUGCUUUCCUUCGGACAGCUAAAGGCAUUCAACUUGGUCAAGGACGCUGCAACUGGCCUGAGCAAGGGAUACGCUUUCGCUGAGUACGUAGAGUACACCAUCACCGAUCAGGCCAUUGCCGGAUUAAAUGGUAUGCAACUGGGCGAUAAGAAGCUGAUCGUACAAAGGGCCAGCGUUGGAGCGAAGAAUGCAAACGUCGCCGCUGUUGCACCGGUGCAAAUCCAGGUGCCGGGUCUCUCGCUGGUUGGCUCCUCGGGUCCACCGACGGAGGUUCUCUGUCUGCUGAACAUGGUCACACCGGACGAGUUGAAGGACGAAGAGGAAUACGAAGAUAUUCUUGAGGAUAUUAAGGAAGAGUGCAACAAGUACGGCGUCGUCCGGAGCUUGGAGAUCCCCCGACCGAUCGAGGGCGUCGACGUGCCGGGCUGUGGCAAGGUCUUUGUCGAAUUCAAUUCGAUUGUCGACUGUCAAAAAGCCCAGCAGGCACUUACCGGACGCAAGUUCAGCGACCGAGUCGUCGUUACCUCAUACUUCGACCCGGAUAAGUAUCAUCGUCGCGAAUUUUAAUUUUAUUAUCUGAUUUACGUGGGGUAUUUCAAUUAUGGAAAUCAGUUUUGGUAGACAGACAAAAAACAUCCAUAAUACAAUGGGUCUCUGCAUCGUAAAGUUUAAAUUUAGGGUCCUCGAUGACAAAAAAAAACAACAACGGCAAACCGCGGUGAACAGCGCGUGUGUAAUAUAAAUGCAGUGGAUGGUUCAUUAAUUUCAAAUCACACACACACACACACACUUGAGAAAGACACAGCACACAAUGAGCGUGGCCAGAAUUAGUUGUAACAGAAGCUGCAUGCAGCCACUUAGACCUGCGAACGAACCUACAUUAUAAUUGUGCCGGUGUGGUUGUUCAUUCACUUCAAUCUUCAAAGUUUUAUUGCAAAAGUUUUGCUUUAAUUUUCGCUUGCAACCAUUUUAUUAUUAUAAAUAUUGUUUCCCAUAAGCAACUUGACGCCAAGAAGCAAACAAGAAAAAAAACCCCUGACUAACAUGCCAGCGUUUUUAAUAAUCUGGCACUUGCAGAGAGAAAUAAUAUAUAAUAACAACAAUAAAGAGUUGGAUUUAUACAGUGUGAACUACAUCAAGAGGCGCACACAAUCUGCAGAGAAAACAACCACUCGGCGGUGUAUUGCUACAAGCUCGGAUAAAACUUUUUCAAUUAAGCAUUUCUUCUGCGGACUACCCAACCCUCUUGCUGCUAGCAGAUGAUGCGCCAUCUCCGAUGGAGAAACUGCACUCGUGAGCAGCAAGGUGGCGUCAACGUGAAGGCGAAGAUGCGUCUUAAUUGAAAUCGUUUGUACGCACUGCAUUGUGAUUCGAAUUGUUUGUGUGCGUGCUUAACGAGCCGUGGAGAACUUACCGUUUGGGUUGGUAAGUGCUGACAAUUGUCAGAAGAAAAUCGUUUGUGAGCUUUUUGGAGUUGUAACAAUUAGUGUAGAUGUAACUUCCAGGGAAAUCUUACUCGGAGAACCAAAUUAGUAAAUAAUUUGUAUGUUUGGAACAAAAUGCAUAGAAUAAAGUAAUUUCCACUUCACUGUAA